CCGUCAUCAAGCACAGCGCAAUAUGGUCAAUGACCCGUCAGUGCGCCUAUGGGAGCAUGGCCUGGGUACUUCCCGGUAGGGCCAUGGCCUGCGCAGGGUCCAUAUCCCAUGAUACCCCAGAAUCAGAAUUUGGGAGGAGAACAAAACACGGGACGACUUCAACUAACAGGGCAGAACCAAGCGGGAUCUUGUCGCCAAGGUGGUCAAAACCAAAACAGGUCCCAAGGACAAGGACAAGGACGUGGAAGAGGUAGGAAUGGUGGUAGAAAUCAGGGACCAGGGGAACGAGGAGCAGGUAACAGAGGAGGUGGAAACCAGGGUAGGAACUGGGGGCAGCCCCAAGGGGGUGCAAAUCCAGUCGGGCAGGAAUACCAGCAAGGGUAUGGUCGUGGAUACGACCAAAGCUAUGGAAGGGGGUAUGGUAGAGGAAACGGACAAUGGAGCGGACAAGGAUAUGGCAGGGGGUGGACUGAUUACAGAGAAUGCGUCUGUACCCACUGCGCGAUCAAAGGACACACGGUUAAAAGAUGUCAUGUUAGGAAGCUUGACAAGCGUGAAAGGCUCAUAACAUCAAACAUGGAAGGCGAGGUGUUCGACCAAAAUGGUAGGGUGAUUGAUCCUGAGAUUCCAGGGGGCACAAGGGAAGAGGCUCUUCGUGUGGCCGCGCUUGGUCCCAACGCACCGGGGAUGUUCCGAAUUUGGCAGGAAAGGGAAGAACCAGUAGUGCAGGUGGAAGAUAUAACUGACUUGGAAGAGGAAGUGAGUAGGAUGGGGAUUGGAGAAGACAAAGGAGACGUGUCGCUUGUGGAAGAAGAAACAGAGGAGGAAGACGUUAGGACUAACGUCAGAGACACGUUCGAUACGAUGGGAGAUUUGGUAGACAAAAUGCAAAGGCUACAUCUGAGGCUUCGAGGGAUAUGUGAAGAAGCGGGAAGAGAAGGGGCUGGAUGCCCAAAAGUAUUUACCAUGGGGCACGGAGGAUCAGGAGAUGGGCCAAAUGAACCCAACCCGAGAAUGUUGAGAGCCAAUAUGGCCGCGAGGAACAGUGGAAGUCAGAGAAGUAUGAGAGGAACGAUUCCAUUCGCUACAAGAAGACCCGCAACAGGGAAUCCUCAAAAGGAACAAGCUAAGGCUUCCCAGCCAGCGGAAGAAGAACCACCUAUCACGGUAGAGGGCGAUGAAGAUGAGAAUGAGAAAAUUAGGGAGGAAGAAGAAAGGCAGGCGGAGAUAAGGGCUAAGAGAAGGAAAGACGAGGCUAAGGAAGGAAGAUCAAAAGGGGAUACGGGACUAAGCAAGAAGAGAAAGUACCAAACUGCGAUCGAAGAAGGGGUGGAUUUGGAAGGUCUGGGGGUCUUAGUUCACGUGUGGGAAAGUGAAGGAGCUGCUCAAGGAAUUGGGGGUCACAGGCGUGACCCCUGGAAAGAAGAGGCCAUGGCGCAGAGAGGAGCAGUGGCAGGGCCCUCUGGACCUGCCUUGAGAGAGGGACGGCAGAGGAGGGAUCAGAGAAUCUCAAGGAACCUGGAGGAGUUGCCCAUUUACAGGGUUGGGGACAGCCUGCGAGUAUUCCUGCGAGACCUUGAAGAAUAUGCAGUCAGGAGAGAAUGGGGUGACAGGGAGAAAAUUGCAAAUGUGAGUGGUGCAGGAAUGUGCAAGAGGAGGAUUGAAGGAGUGGUGACAGGGUGCACGAGGUGGAAAGUAUGCAAGGAGAGGUUAUGGAAGGAAAUGGGGGUCUUCCCAAGAGACGAUGUGGAGGAUGACUUAAGGUUUGAUGGAACCAAUCUGGAAGAAUUUUUCGAGAGUUUGCAGCUGGCCGCAGAGAGAGGCGAAUGGAACAAGGAGGAAAGGAAGAAACAACUGAUCGCAAGAUCAAAAGAGAGUGAAAAGGAGGAAGUUAAAGGAAUUGUGAAAGGGAGCCGAACCUGGAAGAGAAUAACAGCAGAAUUGUGGAUAGCCUACACGCAGGUCAGGCAAGAUCAAACAAGAAAAGAAAGGCUGCAAGAGAAGGGGCUAUGGAUCGGAAGAGACGUGGCUGAGCCACAGGGGAAGGAGGCAAAAGUUGAAGAAGAGGAUAACGUGCCUCUGAAGAGAUUGAAGAACAAGACAAGAGUCUCCCCCAAAAGCAGCAGCAAGGGAUCUGAGCAGGCUGAGGGAGAUGAACAGGAAGAGGAGGAGGCAGCAGAGGAGAAGAAAAGAAGCAUAGGAGCAAGUAUGGUGCCAAGAAAGAAGAAACUUGGAAAGAAAAUGACAAUUGAGAGUGGAAGGGAAGAGGUACAAGAAAGGAGGAGUGAAAAAGGGGGAGGAGUGAAGGAAGCUAGAGAAGGGAAGAAUGUCCAGGAAGGAGGCAAGACUCCCAAGGUCAAGAAGACUGAGGAAAAAUGGUCGAUUGGGAACAGAGAAAGGAAAGAGACAAGUGGGAUAAGAAAGAAGGAAGAUGAGAGGAAUGCCCAGGUGAAAAAAUUGAUGAGAGAUAUGGAAGAGAUGAAGGAGGAAAUGAAGGGAUUGAAGAAAUUGAAAGAGAAAUUACAGAAAGAACUGUUGAUGGAAGCGGGCGGAGACGGCGUGGCGAUCAUCACAGUGAAGAACCCUCCUGUAAAUGCACUUGCUCCUGAAAUAUUGAGAGGGCUGAAGGAAAAGUUUGACGAGGCAAAUAGGCGAAAUGACGUCAAAGCCAUUGUUGUUACCGGGGCGGAUGGGAAGUUCUCGGGAGGUUUUGACAUCAAUGCAAUCGUUGAACAACAGGAGAAAGGCUCUGUUAGUGGUUCACUUGGGCAGGUCUCCGUUGAUCUCUUCGUAGAGACAAUCGAGAAUUCAACGAAACCUGUUGUAGCAGCUAUGGAAGGUCUUGCAUUGGGGGGUGGGCUAGAGCUUGCGAUGUCAUGUCAUGCAAGAAUAUGCGCCCCAAAGACGCAGCUAGGGCUGCCUGAGCUGCAACUAGGAAUCAUCCCCGGGUUUGGAGGAACACAGAGGUUGCCAAGGCUGGUUGGUGUUCAGAGAGCAAUUGAGAUGAUGCUGUUGUCAAAAACUAUGCUCGCUGAAGAAGGGAAGGAGCGGGGGUUGAUUGACUUGAUUGUGCCUCAGCGCGAGGUUCUGGGAGCAGCACGGAAGUGGGCUCUUGAUAUUGUAGACAGGAGGCGGCCUCGGAUGAUAUCAUUGACGAGGAAUGACAUUUUGGAGCCUCUUGGAGAUGCUCGUCUGAUCCUCAAGUUUGCAAGGGCACAGGCCUUGAAGACAGCCCCACACUUAAAACAUCCCCACCUUUGUCUUGAUGUUGUGGAGCAUGGCAUCGAAGCGGGUGGAUAUGCCGGCAAUCUAAAGGAAGCGGAGGUGUUCAAGAAGUUGGUUGUAUCAGACACUGCAAAGUCUUUGACGCAUAUUUUCUUUGCACAGAGGAUGACUACCAGGGUAGCUGGAGUGACCGACAGGGGACUGAAGCCCAGGCCAAUAAAGAGAGUGGCAGUUGUGGGGGGUGGGUUGAUGGGGUCGGGCAUCUGCACAGCAAUGAUUAUGCGGAAGGUUCCAGUUAUUUUGAAGGAGGUCAAUUCACAGUUUUUGGAGCAGGGCAUGCAAAGGAUCAAAGAUAACUUGAACAGUCGUGUGAAGAAAGGGAAGAUGACGGAGGAGCAGUUUCAGAAGACGCUUGGGCUAGUUAAGCCAGCGCUGGAUUACAACGAUUUUGGCUCGGUGGACAUGGUCAUUGAGGCUGUGAUUGAGAGCAUUCCAUUGAAGCAGCAAAUUUUCGGUGAUUUACAAAGACAUUGCAGUCCAUCAUGUAUUCUCGCUACAAACACUUCAACCAUCGACAUCAAUGUAGUUGGGGAGAAGACAAAUGCACAGGACCGCAUUCUUGGAGCACAUUUCUUCAGUCCUGCUCAUGUGAUGCCACUGCUGGAGAUUGUCCGGACGGACAAGACAUCAGCACAGGUCAUCGUGGAUGUGCUUCAGCUGGGGAAGGUGAUCCAAAAGGUGCCGGUGGUGGUUGGUAAUUGUACCGGGUUUGCAUUGAACCGGGUAUUCUUUCCGUACACGAUGGCAGCAUCCUUACUGGUAGAUCUUGGCGUUGACCCGUACCGUAUUGACAAGGUCAUUGCAGGCUUUGGAAUGCCAAUGGGCCCUUUCAGACUUGCAGAUUUGGUUGGGAUGCAAGUGUCAUUGGCUGUUGGGCAACAGUUCAAGAAUGCCUAUUCAGAACGAUCGUAUGCCUCGACAUUGGUUCCGUCUAUGGUCAAGGAUGAACGCCUUGGUGAGAAGACCAAAAAGGGAUUUUAUCUCUACGAUGCCAAGAGGAAGGCUAGCCCUGACCCCGAGUUGAAAAAAUAUUUGGAGGCAUCACGAAAGGCAUCGAACAUCAUGCCAAAUGGAAAGCCUGUCCAGGUGACAGACAAAGAAAUACUGGAGAUGAUCUUCUUCCCAGUUGUCAAUGAAGCAUGCCGUGUGAUGGACGAGAGAAUCGUGGGGCAGGCUUCAGACCUUGAUAUUGCCACUGUUCUCAGCUUUGGCUUUCCUCCUUACAGGGGAGGUUUGGUGUGGUGGGCUGAUACCGUCGGGGCAAAGUACAUUAGCAGCCAACUUAGCAAGUGGUCCCAAGUGAUUGGUCCCGGUGCGGGAUUCUUCAAGCCAAGCACAUAUCUGGAGCAGCGUGCGUCAAGGGGUAUCAAACUGGGAGCACCCGCCGAAAGUUCAGCAUCAACUUCAAGCCCGACUUCUCCAGGGAGGAAGCCAAGGUCUCGCAUGUGAUCUUAUCCUCGUUCGCAUGUGUUGCUAUCGGUUCGACUUUGUCUGAUAGGACCAUGUUUGGGAAGGUAUGUCGGAACCGUAAAUACUAAACGUGUAUGGUAUUCUGCCAGAGAAGAAGUGUGGGUGUGUAGGUACAGGCAGGCUUUGAUGCCUCACAGGGAUUGUGUAUGUAAUACUAUGUAUCAUACAUAGCAAGGAAAGAGUUUGUUUAGGUAGACUCCACUACCAUCUCCAUCUCUUGUGGAGGAUGGGUGAGGGGUCCUAGAGGUGUUGGAAGCACACCCAUCCCAAGCCACCACUGUGCGCUUUGCACAAGUUUGGUUAGUUGACGAAUCACUCGGAAUCGGUGAUUUCUCAACUUUUAAUCGUUUUCCUGUUGUUGUCGCAGCUGUGAGUUGUUUGCGGUUUAGUUUACAUCGAGGAUUUGUAAGCGCCGACGUCGACUCGGCAGAUGCGCGGAAUUUUUCCUUCAUCAGUAAUGGAGAAACAAGUUGCACUCCUUCAUACUCCUGUAAUUCUUGCCGCACGACAAAUUCUAUGCAAAAUAGAGAAAGUAGAAAUUUGCUCCAGCGCAUCAGGUCUAACUACCGGUAGCGCCAGAUUCAGACACUUGCGAAGAAGAAGUCGAGCUCUCCGUGGUUGCAGAUGUCAGCCUCCUCUACUUCGGCGUUUUUUCCCCUGAUCCGUUUGGAGUCUUGGAUUUUGAAAUUUUAACUUUGAAGUUUGAACCCCUAUCGGCCUCAUUUCCAGAGCUUCAGCAUUUUGUGAAUUUUUGUCUUUUAUGAUUUAUCUGUUUUUUUUUCUUUUUCUCUUUUUGUCAUUCUCAUGAUUUGCGUUCUUUUUUUUGUACCGUAGUCCUCCUUCUGUGAUGCCUCUUCCUCCUCUACGAUUUGUGUUGUUGUACCUCACUCCUCUCUGCUGUUUUGCCUCUCUUAAGGCAUACUCACACUAGGACUUUUUUUACUUAUUUCUGGACGGAAUAUUGGUCAGAUACAUCCAAGUAGCUCCCUAAUUAGGGUCAGGUACAGUUAACGAUUGUGCUAGUGUGAGUAUGCUCUUACUCCU